AUGGAGAUCAUACAAAACUCAACAAAUGUUGGACGUGCCAAUGUGUAUGCCCCACCAGUUUCGGUCCCUUGUACUGUCUUCUGGGACUAUUUGAUCACCUUGGGAGAGCACAUUCAAGGGCCAUGGUUGAUGCUUAAGGACUUCAAUGAUAUUAUUCUUUCCUCAGAGGUAUCUGGGGGCCUAUUUUAUCCCUCUCGAGCCUUUGCUUUAGCAAAUUUCUUCAACGAGUGUGGACUUCUAGACCUGGGUACGGUGAGAGGUAGGUUUACAUGGCGCAAAAAUAUCCAAAACGGAGGCCACAUGAGAAAAAAGUUGGAUAGAUGCAUGGUGAACUCAGGAUGGAGACUUUUCUUCCCUCACGGUCUUGCUGAAGUUCUGAACCCGUAUGGUUCAGACCACAACCCCAUCUUGGUCCACUGUUUUAAAUCACCAUCCAUCAAGAAUAAUUCCUUCCAUUUUCAAGCUGCUUGGACUCUUCAUCCAGACUUUAGGAAUCUUGUCUCUCAAACUUGGGAUUCUACUCAGGGGGAUGCUAUCAUGAAGCUGGAUGGAGUGCAACUUUUUUGCAGCUCCAACCCAAUCCAACCUGGUCUAACCAGAUUGGGUUAA